AUGCCGGCUCUUGCGAGUGAAGCCACAUAUGUAAUCUCGCCCAAGGUAGCAGAGGCAUUGGGAGAUCAAACACCUGCUUUUGACCGGACAGAAAAUCCAUUACUCUCCUGGCCAAAUUGGAUGGCCCUUCUUCCAGACAACCUUCCUCUUGCCUCCAUUGCUAUGCCUGGCACCCAUGACACUAUGUCCUUUUAUGGUGGUCCCCUAGCUGAGUGCCAAAGCUGGAGUUUAAAAGGACAGUUGCAAGCUGGAGUCCGUUUUCUAGACAUCCGAUGCAGACAUUAUGAAGACAGGUUGCCUAUAUUCCAUGGGGUGUCCUACCAGCGUACUGACUUCACAAAGGUUCUUAAUGACAUCAUAACAUUCUUAGUGGAAAAUCCUACAGAGACAGUAUUAAUGCGAUUGAAAGAAGAGUAUGAACCAUACAUGAACACAAGAAGCUUCUAUACAAGUGUUGCUGAAGUGGUAAAUCAAGUAGGAGAAAAAUGGUUUCUGAGAACUGGAAGCCUUACCACUUUGGGAGAAGCCAGGGGAAAGAUUGUCAUCUUACAACAAUUCUCAACAAACAAUGAGGGCCCAACUUUUGGUCCACCAUACCCAGGUAGCAUGAGCAUUUCAGAUGCUUAUCAAGUGAGUAAUGAUGGUGACAAAUUGAUAGAGGUGGAGAGACACCUUAUAGUUGCUCAAAAUGGAGAUCCUAAAAGAAUGUACAUUACAUACACAUCUGGCACACACUGGCUUCUCUACAACCCUGAGUCCUUGGCUCGGAUAAUAAAUCCAAAAGUACUGGAGUUUCUCAUAGCAAAUAAAUCACAUGUGGACAGAAAAAGAACAGUGGGUGUGGUCAUCAUGGACUUCCCUGGAUCAGAGUUAGUGAACCAAAUCAUUUUGGACAACUGGCAGUGAGAGUCAAUAAUUUAGUAAAAUGAAGUGAAG